CUCUGUCACCUGCUCUCAGACACCCGGGGCGAGCGGCACCGGGAGGAAAGGGCAGCGGGGAGCCACGGCACGGACACCCCCACGCCGGGGUGCCGGGUGGGCUCUGCCUCCCACUCUCCUUCAGCGUUCGGGGCAUCGGGCUCACAGCCUGUGCAGGGAGGACAGGGAGCUUGACUGCUGGAGAAUGGCAGCAGGAUUUAACUAGGAAAGCACAGAAAACUGGGAGAGAACUCACGGGAGCUGAGUGAACUGCGAGAGACGAGAGCGGCUUCUCAGCACCGUUGCCUGGCCUGUGAAGCAACAUGAGUCACAAGGGAUCCCUCAGCAGCAACCCCAGCUCAUCAAAUGGCAGCAUGGGCAAAGCCGAGGGAGUCUCCAAGCUGAGUGCAAAGGACCUGUACGAACAAAGGAAAAAAUACUCCAACUCCAACGUCAUUAUGCACGAGACUUCCCAGUACCACGUCCAGCACUUGGCCACCUUCAUCAUGGACAAGAGUGAGUCCAUCACAACAGUGGAUGACGCAAUCCGGAAACUCAUCCUUCUCAACUCCAAAGAGAAGAUCUGGACACAGGAGAUGCUGCUGCAAGUGAAUGACAAGUCCAUCCGGCUGCUGGACUGUGAGACACAGGAGGAGCUGGAGGACUUCCCCCUGCCGACAGUGCAGCACUGCCAGACAGUGCUCAAUCAGAUGCGUUAUUCCUCCAUCCUUCUGCUCGUGUGUCAGGAUUCUGAGCAGCACAAACCUGACAUCCACUUCUUCAACUGUGAUGAGGUGGAGGCGGAGAUGGUUCAUGAGGACAUAGAAAGUGCCCUGGCAGACCACAAACAUGGGAAGAAGAUACGGCCACAGACACUCAAGGCAAACCAGGAAAAGAUCAAGCAGAGACAAUCCAUCCUCCCCCCUCCUCAAGGACCAGCUCCUAUCCCGAUCCAGCAUGACAUGCGAGGCUCAGCAAUGAACAGGAACAGGGUGGCACCUCCUUCCCAGCAUGAUCCAGACUAUGAACGACGAAGCUCUGGCUCUCACGACCAUGAGGAAUCCCGUGCCAUGUUAGCACAGAAGAUUGAAAAGGAAACGCAAAUCCUGAACUGCACCCUGGAUGACAUCGAAGUGUUCGUCGCCCGGCUCCAGAAGGCUGCAGAGGCAUUCCGACAGCUCAACCAAAGGAAAAAAGGGAAGAAGAACAAGAAGAAAGGGCCAGCAGAGGGAAUGCUGACCCUCCGAGCAAGACCCCCAAGUGAGGCUGAGUUCAUCGACUGCUUCCAGAAAACCAAAUUGGCUUUUAACCUCUUGGCCAAAUUAAGGAAGCACAUCCAGAACCCCAGCGCUUCGGAGUUAGUGCAUUUCCUAUUUGGGCCACUGGAACUGAUCGUCAAUAGCUGUGGUGGCCCUGAGCUGGCCCGGUCUGUCCUCAGCCCACUGCUUUCUAAAGAUGCCACCGAUUUCCUGAGAGGACACCUGACACCCAAAGAGAUAAACCUCUGGGAUUCCCUGGGGGAGACAUGGACCAGAUCCAGAGCUGAGUGGCCCCGAGACGCGAACAUCCCCACCUACAUCCCCAAAUUCCGCAACGGCUGGGAACCACCCACAGAAAUCUUCCGUGGAGCGCCCUGGGAAAUAGACAUUGGACACUUGCAAGAGGAGCUCUCCUCAGCCAAUGGAUAUCCUUACCGGAACUCCUCACUCAAGCGUGGCCAGACGGCUGAGCAGACACAGGCUGGGGAUGCCUUCAAACAGAAUGUCACUCCACACGGCAAUAGGAAUUUCGAGGCCCAGGGAGUGGCUGUGCCCAGGACAUUUGCCAAAAUCCGCUACGAUUUCACCGCGCGAAAUGCCAACGAGCUCUCGGUGCUGAAGGAUGAAAUCCUGGAGGUGUUGGAAGAUAAUAAGCAAUGGUGGAAGUUGCUCAACCGGAGUGGCCAGGCUGGUUACGUUCCAUACAAUAUCCUGGAUGUGGUGAAACUGGAAGAGCUCGAACAGUCUAACCAGAGGUACAAAGGAGACCUGAGCCCCAGGGGCUAUGGCCCAUCCAGUCCAACUCAUAAGCUGCCUGCCAGCUACGCUGGGGAUAAGUGGGGCAGUGAGAUGUUAUCACGCAACUCUCCACAGGACGCCAAAGAACAACUUAUUCACCAAAUGGAUGAGCUGAAUGACGAGCUGCUAAAGAAGAUCACAAACAAUAAAAUUCAGCCUCCCCACAGGAAUUUCAAAGUGGAAAAGCCUCAGCAAGUUUUUGUACCCCUCACCUUUGAAUCCAGCACUGAAGAAGUCAAAGCCUGGCUGGAGGCCAAGUCGUUCAGCAAAGAGACCGUGGAACACCUGGGCAUCCUCACCGGAGCUCAGCUCUUCUCCCUCAACAGAGAGGAGCUGAAGAAGGUGUGUGGUGAUGAGGGAAACAGAGUGUACAGCAAGAUCACGGUGGAGAAAAACCAGCUGGAGAAAAGCAGAGGAGAGUCAGAGCUCCAAGAAAUCAUGAAGCGCCGCCAGGAAAGGAUUGAUUCUGCUAAUUAAAGUCUCUCUGCUUUAUUUCAGCUCUUAGCCCUAAGUAGUGCAGAAAAAAAGGGAAUGAAAGCAAUGAUUCCCGGCCCAGGCCGGAGGCAGCAGAGCUCCCCUUGGGGUCCAGCUGCCAUCAGAGUGACAAUUCCUUGAACACUGUUGGGAAGGGUUGACAAUAAGACCAUGUCCCACUGGGAAAGGUGUUUUAAUUUUGCAUGAAGUAUUUUUUUUAUAACUAUAUAUUUUAUACUGAAAUUUUCCGUGCAUGCAAUCAGAGCAGGAUUCACACGGGGCUGGAUGUAGACAAGGGCUGGAUUCAAACAAAGACCCCCAGAGCUUUUCUCCGAGGGCUGUCCCUGCUCCAACCCCCUCGCUGGCAGAGCAGGUGUGGCAUGCAGCACAGGAGAGGCCAGCCUCAAGGCCUGGAGCCUGCCCCACGGGAAUGAGGCUUUGGAACCCUGCAGUGGUUUGGGUUUAAGGAAAGGACAUUAAAGCUCAUCCUGUUCCACCCCCCUGCUGUGGGCAGGGAUGCCUUCCACAAGCCCAGGUUGUUCCAA